AUGUGUAUUACCCUACUGGGACUUAAACUAGUUCUGUGGGCACAUUUCUUGUGGACGACUGUCCAGAAUGCUGUCUGCAGCCCUUGUCAAGAGGGAACAUACUCAUCCAUUUACACGCAGGCCAGAUACUGUCAACCGUGUUCCGUCACGUGUCCAAAUUCCAACUAUGAGUCUGUGGAUAAUCAGUGGGAAUUGAAGAAGUCCAACUGCACGAGAACUUCCAACAUUGUGUGCGAAUGUAAGGCCGGAUUCUGGCGGGAGAGUGGAGACAGCGGCAUAUGUCGACGAGGAAAGGAAUGCGGGCAAGGACAUGGUGUUACAACACAAGUGGCAACAAAGGCUAACCAUGAUGGACUGAGGCUCGGACUUGGUUUAGGUCUGUCAGUGCCUCUGGAAGCUGCCAUCAGAGUUUGUAUCGCAUGCUGGUAUUGUAGACGAAAGCAUAAAAGGAAAGCAAACCAGACGAUCUUGAAUGAUGACGAAGAAAGGCCAAAUCGAAGACUAUAUUAUGACGUUUUUCAUUCACUUGGGGCAGCUUAUGUAGAGCUGAGUCAAAUCUUCCCAGCAAAAGAAUUCAAGUUGUACUUCCGGCAGUUGAAAAUAGAUGACUGCACCAUUCAACGGAUUGAAACUGAACACCAUGGACCCGUUCGGGAGCAGUGUUACCAGCUGUUUAUGUUCUGGGAACGCAUGCGCACAAACAUAACUAAGAUGUCGCAACUCGACACCACAUAG